AUGCACGUAGUCCUGAGAGCCCAAGAAGCCGUGGGAUGGCCGCCCAUAGCCAUCGAGUGGAGGACAAUCUUGCAGGCCCUCAACCAAGUGAGAUCCGUCGUCGUCGUCCCGCUGCUGACGCUUACCGUCUGGCUAUGCGUCCUCGGGUCCUCAUUGCUGUUGACCGAGAAGAUCUUCAUGGGCUCCGUGAGUUUGCUGGUAAAGCUUCUCCGCCGGCGGCCCAGGAGGAUCUACCCGUGCGCGCCCAUGGCCGAAGAUGAGGAGGUCGGCACCGCCGCCUACCCCAUGGUCAUCGUCCAGAUACCCAUGUACAACGAGAAAGAGGUCGCCUUCCCUCUCUCUCUCUCUCUCUCUCCCUCUCUCUCUCUCUCUCUCUCUCUCUCUCUCUCUCUCUCUCUCUCUCCCACUCUCUUGGCUCGCUCGCUCGCUCUAACAUUGGGAGCAUGACCAGGUUUACCAUCUGUCGAUCGGAGCUGCAUGCAGCCUGCAGUGGCCGGCGGAGAGGCUCAUCGUUGAGGUCCUCGAUGACUCGACGGACCCCCUGAUAAAGGUCGAUAUUCGGGAACUUCCCCCACCAGAGCUGAAGCUCGCGCUGACAGCGUCUUCUUCUCCUCCUCUGUCUCGCAGGAUCUCGUGCAGAAGGAGUGCGAUAAGUGGUCGGCAAAAGGGGUCAACGUGAGGUACGAGAGGAGGGGAGACCGAAAAGGGUACAAGGCCGGGGCGCUGAGGGAGGGGAUGAAGCACAGUUACGUCAACGAGUGCGACUACGUGGCCAUCUUCGACGCUGACUUCCAACCCGAGUCUGAUUUCCUAACCCGGACGGUUCCCCUUCUUGGUUCACAACAGGGAGGUUGCCCUCGUCCAGGCCCGCUGGAAAUUCGGUAAAUUAUUCGGAUGAGGGAUUCUUAUUAGAAUUUAGCCGUCAAAUCAACUGAGAAAGAACUUGUCCAAUGAGUUAUUUUAUGAAAACUUACUCCAAGAAAGAUUUUAUUCGCUUGGGCUAUUCCUUCUCAAUCAUUGAAUAAAAUAACAUUUCUCUGAAUAUCCACAUUUUUUAUAAAUUUGAGGUAAAAAUUCAACAUAUAUGCAUGCAUAUAUAAGCAAAAUGCCUCAUUUUGGUAAAUACCCAAGAAAUAUGUGUAUUCUAAGUUACUUUUAUUUUUGAAGUUCAUGAGAGGUUUUUACAAUUGAACGUAGACGCAUACAUAAAUAGUAAUAUACAGCUAAAAAAGCAUUCGCAAGCAUGUGUAAUAAACUCAUAGAGUAAGAUUGACGUAACCUCCCUAGGUUUAAAAUAUCCAGUUCAUCAUUAUUUUUGAUAGAUGAUAGAUUCAGCAAUAUAUACGUUAACUACAGAAUGAAAUUAAAAUCUGUUGUGAUGCUCCUUGUAGUAAAUGCUGAUGAGUGUUUAAUGAUGAGAAUACAAGAGAUGUCAAUGGACUACCACUUCAAGGUUGAGCAGGAGUCUGGCUCAUCUACACAUGCUUUUUUCGGUUUCAAUGGUAAGCAACAAUGCUCUAGAAAAAGUUCAGAAUUUCCAUCCAGGCCUAUGCAUAUCCAAGAUUUUCUCAAUUAAAUUCAGAUAUAGGAGAUUUUAAUGUAUAUACUUGUAAUAUAUAGGAACGGCAGGUGUUUGGAGGAUCCAUGCCCUUGAUGAGGCUGGAGGAUGGAAAGACAGAACAACUGUGGAGGACAUGGACUUGGCUAUUAGAGCAACACUUCAAGGUUGGAAGUUCAUAUAUCUAGGGGAUGUCAAGGUACCAUCUUUCUAUUAAAUUUUUACAUAUGAAUUAGUUUUAUCCAAAUUAAUGUAUUAUUGUCAACAAAUAGGUCAAAGUGAGCUACUGAGCACCUUCAAGGCCUAUCGCAACCAACAACAUCGAUGGUCAUGUGGGCCUGCAAAAUUAGUGCGGAAAUGGCAGCUGAGAUAAUAAAAAACAAGGUUUUAUUCCAACAUUUUUUGUGUAUGAAAUAUACUUUAUCUAACAUUAUACACAAGAGUGUUAGAGGCAUAGGGUAAAGAAAUUUCAUCAAUAUAGUCAUAAUAAUUACUGAUCAUUUUAACAUGGGAUAGUUCUAGCAUUUCUCUUCAUCUAUAAAACUUGAAAUUUUUGUUUUGCCCUGUGGACAAGAAAUACACUAGUAUGCUCACCUUAAUUAAUAAUAAAUGAUAUAAUAUGGAAAAAAUCAGUUCAUCAAGGUUGAAACCAAAUUACAGUAAGUACAGCAUCCUUAUAAAUCUAGUAUCCUAUUUAUUAUUUUGAAAAGGCACGAGCCUAACAUAAGUUGUUGACACAAUAUAUUUUCAUCUUGCAGAAAGUCUCGUGAUGGAAGAAAUUUUACUUGAUGUACAAUUUCUUCCUUGUUCGAAGGAUUAUAUCUCAUUUGGUGACCUUCUACUUCUAUUGUAUUGUAAUCCCAACAGCUUCAUUCUUCCCAGAAGUCCAAGUUCCAUUUUGAUCAAUGGUGUACAUCCCUACAGUGAUAACACUUCUAAGUUCUGUUGGGACCCCAAGGUUUAAGAUUAAUCUUGAUCGAUAUUUUUUAAGCUCUGUAUAGUUUAUGCUGUUUUUGAGCUUUGGAAUUUUUAGAAGUUCCAAAAAUCUUUUCCUUCACAAUGUUUUUAAUUUAGAAUAUGAAAAGGUGCCUACCCUCAGUAGUAUUACAAACUACCGGUAGAAUCACAAAUGUUUUCCUUCACCCUUGGUAGUAUUACAAACUAUAGAUAAAUUUUUAUGCCCUUUCAAUUUUAGAUGAUAAAAUUUAGAAUUUUUUUUAAUCUUAUUUAUACUUUAUCGUGUUAAGAAUACUACAUAGGCAUUCGUGAUCAUUGAUAUUACAAUGUUGAGUAGCAUUAGUUUAGGCAUAUAUUCCCACUUUCUUUGUACUUAGAACAUAAGUUUUAUAAAUGUUGUGUUUACUGCUAGUAGAAAUUUCAAUUCAUUGAAGAACACAAUGUGUUCACGUUUUUAUCACCCUUUCAAUGAUAAUAUUUUUGCAAGGUAGCUUUAAGUUAAUGUUUAUACCUUCUAUAACAAGAUUAAGAAGUUGUUAUCGUCAUACUUCUAAUUGGCGACCAAGAACAUAAGAUAACCACUUCCUAUAAAUUUUCACUAGCUUUAUUUUGUGCUCUCAUUAAGAAUAUAAAUUUUUAAUGUUUUUAUGAUUUUAAGCAUUAAAGGUUCUUAUCAGCUGCAUUUUAUUGUAGAUCUAUCUAUCUUCUGGUCUUAUGGGUCUUAUUUGAGAAUGUUAUGUCACUCCACCGUUGCAAGGCAGUAAUCUGUACUCCGUAAGUCUGGCUGGAUGGUAACUGAUGAAACUUUGUGAGUAUCCAGUUGGACAUUCGCCUAUUGGAGGUUGGUAGAGUGAGUGAGUGGGUUGUUACCAAAAAGCUGGGUGCCAACAACCCUAACAUGAGUCAGAAUGGUUGCCGAAGGUUCUCAUGGAAUGCCAUUGCAAAGUAUCUGACACGGUAUUUGCUGCUUAAUAUAUUUACCAGCAAAUGUUUCACAUAGUUUUAUCUAUUUAUAGGGUUUCAGCUUAAAUUUCAUUGCCCUUUUAAACUAUGCUUGUAAAAAUAUUUUGUAUGAGUGAUAAUCAUUAAGGGUUGUCUUUUGCAUAGUCUAGUAUGAAGUUUCCAUUUUAGGCCUGACUUAAGACCAAGGUAAGUUAACCUCACUAGUCAAGGUCAAAUGACUUGAUCAGUUUUCACAUAAUAAGUUGAUUAAUAAUGAAUUUCUUUGUGAAUUGGCAGGGUCCAUCUUCUUGAGUUCGGUAUGGGGAUUUACCUUAUGGUCUAUGCUUCCGACAACUAUUCCCACUAGAAGAACUAUUGCUUCAUCUAUAUCUAUUUGCAGUCUCUCACUUUUAUCAUUACUGAUGUUGGGUAUGUGGGCACAUUCAUCCCUAAUUCCAAAUAG